UAAAUUCCUCCCCCUUUUCCCUUCUCUUCGUUGACAUCGUUCUUAGCUAUCCUAGUACCGAAAUUAGAGGAGUGAAACCCUGCCUCUCCCACCAACCAACUCUCUCUUUACUUUCAUCCCCAUCCUCCACUCCCAUCACCGAUCAUGGCUACCAUUUCCAAGCUUGCAAAUCCAUGCCCUGCUGCUGCUGCUGCUACCCCUGCACCAUUCAACUCUAGAUCUUCCUCUCCUCUCUGCUUCCUCGAUUUCAAAACAAAAAAUGCUCUCCUCCCAACACUUGCAUCCUCUAAGUUGUCCCUUGCGAAUAUCCAGCCUUUCAGAGCUCCUUUCCUUGUCAGGUGUUCUCAAGCCAGUGGAAAUGGUAGUCCCGCAAAGAAAACAACUCUUCAUGAUCUCUAUGAGGAGGGGCAGAGUCCAUGGUAUGAUAACCUUUGCCGCCCCGUUACAGAUCUCAUUCCUCUGAUUGAGAGUGGUGUCAGAGGUGUAACUAGCAACCCAGCGAUUUUCCAGAAAGCAAUAUCAUCCUCAAAUGCUUACAAUGAUCAAUUUAGGGAACUCAUACAAUCAGGAAAAGAAAUUGAAAGCGCAUACUGGGAACUUGUGGUGAAGGACAUCCAAGAUGCAUGCAAACUAUUUGAGCCUAUCUAUGAUCAAACAGAUGGUGCUGAUGGUUAUGUUUCUGUUGAAGUUUCUCCCAGACUAGCAGAUGAUACUAAAGGCACAGUUGAGGCUGCAAAAUGGCUUCAUAAGGUGGUUGAUCGUCCCAAUGUGUACAUUAAGAUUCCUGCCACAGCUCCAUGCAUUCCCUCAAUCAAGGAGGUUAUUGCAAAUGGCAUUAGUGUCAAUGUGACUCUUAUAUUCUCUCUUUCUAGAUAUGAAGCAGUCAUCGAUGCCUACUUGGAUGGCCUUGAAGCUUCUGGCCUGAGUGACCUCUCCAGAGUUACUAGUGUUGCUUCCUUUUUUGUCAGCAGGGUAGACACUCUCAUUGACAAAAUGCUAGAAAAGAUUGGAACUCCAGAAGCCCUUGAUCUUCGUGGGAAGGCUGCCGUUGCUCAAGCAGCCCUGGCUUUUCAGCUUUAUCAGAAGAAAUUCUCGGGUCCAAGAUGGGAGGCUUUAGUGAAAAAAGGUGCCAAGAGGCAGAGGUUACUGUGGGCUUCGACCAGUGUUAAGAACCCUGCCUACUCAGACACUUUAUAUGUUGCUCCUCUUAUUGGACCUGACACGGUUUCAACAAUGCCGGACCAAGCUCUCCAAGCAUUUAUUGAUCAUGGAAGUGUUGGAAGGACAAUUGAUUCGAACGUAUCUGAAGCUGAAGGAAUUUACAGUGCUCUUGAGAAGUUGGGAGUUGAUUGGGGUUAUGUAGGCAAUCAGCUGGAAGUUGAAGGAGUUGAUUCUUUCAAGAAGAGCUUUGACAGUUUGCUGGAUUCUCUGCAGGAGAAAGCAAACUCUCUGAAACUUGUUAGCCUUUGAGCCAUAUGUAUCGUUUUAAAUUCGAAUGAGAGUGGUGAUGGAGUAAUAAAAGUGGGUUGCAAAUCCUGUUCUAGAAAAAGCUAGUGGGUGAGUGUGAAGCGAUAAGGUUAAAGACAAAUUAUGUAGCAUAAGUUUUUGUGGAGGAUUCUAUUUGCAGUUGCCAUGGUCUCUUUAUGCAUGUGUUGAAAAUGAUAAAUGUUAGUUUGGAUGAAUCGGUCUCAAAAGUCAAAAUGAAUGAAUAUUUAGUUUGAGUAA